AUGGUCCUCUCACUUGUCUACCGCUCAAUACAGAGGCUCGUGCACACCGCUGUGACCAACUUCUGCGAUGUCGCCCUCACCGUCCUCGCAGCCGGUCCCAUCCCCCGCCAUGUUGCCUUCAUCAUGGACGGCAACCGACGGUAUGCGCGUUCCCACCACCAACCCGCCCAGGAAGGUCACGCGCAGGGCGGCAUUGCAUUGCGACGUGUGCUAGAAAUAUGCAUGCUCCUCAAAGUGCGCUGCGUAUCUGUAUACGCAUUUGCCAUCGACAACUUCAAACGUACGCCGGAGGAAGUUGAUGACCUUAUGACGCUUCUAGAGACACUGCUCCUCGAGCUCUGCCAACGCGGGGAGCUACUGGACGAGUACGGCGUCCGGUUGACUUGUCCUUGCAGCGCAAUUUUCAACGUCUGCAUGCCCUACGGUGCUCGGAACGAGAUCGCCACAGCCGUCGACCUCGCCGUCGAGCACGCACUCUCAAAGAGGCAAAAGACGAUCACAGAAGACGACAUCGGCGCUCAUCUGAUGACUACCCGUGUGGGCAGCCCGCCGCUCGAUCUACUCGUACGCACGAGCGGGGUGCGCCGACUGAGCGACUUCCUCCUCUGGCAGUGCUGUGAAGACACGCAGCUGCAGUUCCUCAACCCGACGUGGCCUGAGUUUGGGUUGUGGGACUUGGUGUCGAUUAUCUUGGACUAUCAGCGGAGAGCGUGGUCUGCGCAGGCCGCAUAGAAUGCAUCAUGCCUUGGGAU